AUGCCUCGCGCUUUUCUGGUGAAGAAGCCGUGCGUCUCCACGUGCAAGAGGAACUGGAGCGAGCUCCCAGAUGAGGAGCGCGGCGAGAUCUACGUUCCAGUCAGCCUGGGCUUCUGCUCGGCACAGCCCUACCUGGAACCGGAGCCCUCGGUGGCUGAGCCCCCUUCCUGCCCCAUGGCUUUGGACAUGAGCAUGCGGGACUCUGCCGGCUACAGUGUGGCCCCUGGACCCUGCGUGGUGGCCCAGCUGCCCUCUGAAGACACGGGCCGCUUGGCAGACGCCCAGGGCAGAGACCACGGCUUCUUGCGCACCAAGAUGAAGGUGACUCUGGGGGACAGUCCCAGUGGGGACCUCUUCACCUGCCACAUCUGCCAGAAGACCUUCACCUACCAGCGCAUGCUGAACCGCCACAUGAAGUGUCACAAUGACGUCAAGAGGCACCUCUGCACCUACUGUGGGAAGGGCUUCAAUGACACCUUCGACCUGAAGAGACACGUCCGCACCCACACUGGCGUGCGGCCCUACAAGUGCAGCCUGUGCGACAAGGCCUUCACGCAGCGCUGCUCGCUGGAGUCUCAUCUCAAGAAGAUCCACGGCGUGCAGCAGAAGUACGCGUACAAGGAGCGGCGGGCCAAGCUGUACGUGUGCGAGGAGUGCGGCUGCACGUCCGAGAGCCAGGAGGGCCACAUCCUGCACCUGAAGGAGCACCACCCCGACAGCCCGCUGCUGCGCAAGACCUCCAAGAAGGUGGCCGUGGCGCUGCAGAACACCGUCACCUCCCUGCUGCAGAGCAACCACCACCUCUGAGCGGCCCGCCCUGGCCGCGCCGCCCUGCUGCCUCGCCGGCCGGCCGCCCUCCUGCGGCCCCUUGCUGGAACAUGGUGACCAGGACUGGAGCCCCCCGGUGCACGUGCCCCCUCGUGCCCCGAACUCACCUCUGCUCGUGUUCGCAUGUGUGUGUGACGGGCGGAGGCCGAUCCGAGCCCGGGCAGAUGUGUGUAAGUCUGGCGCAAGGGGCAGGCUGGGACUUCCGUCCGAGAGGAGGUACAGCAGGGCGGCCCUGUGACGCCUCUGGAACACAGCGGGGGUGCUGCUGGCCCCUCGCGGACGGCAGAGACAGGGUCGCUGGCAAAAAGCGCUCUGAACUACGGCGGCAGCAGCGGAGCAGGCGACGACACGGUGGGCGGUGGUGCGGACGCCCCGGGCCGCCGGGGCUCCGCGGGGAUGCGCACGGGGGCGUGGCUUUGAGCUGUGCACAUGCGCACAGAGGAGGUCUUGCCACACAUCACCUCAUUUUUUAAAAUCAGCGACAAAGUGCCAAGGAAAUUUGAUUUCCUUUUUUUUUAAGAUGGCAAAUGUACAGAUAUUAAUAUAUUUUGGGGCCGACGAUGACUGUUUUUAAGUGAGAACGGAGCUGGCUUAUCUCCCUCCCCGUGAGGUCCUAUUUAUCCAAGACGUUUUCCAAGACUCAUCCCCUGGCCUUGGCCCUGGGGCGGCUGCCAGGUGCCACAGCUCGGUACUGCCUGGGGCGUUCACCUGGGUCCUUCCUCGGGCCCUGCCUGGAGGACGCACCGCGCUGGCAGGAAGGGCCGUCCCCUGCUGCCAGGACAGCCUAUCACGUCUGCUCGUCCCUCCCACGCCGUCCCUAGGCACGCCUGGGGGGCGGCGGGCCUCCUCGUCUCCCGGUGACAGACCUUGCGUGGAACAGCUCGCCGUUCUGGAGGUCGAGGCCUUGCCCAGCCAGAGCGAGCGUGAGGGGUGAGCCGGGUGGACCGCAUCUCCGAGAUGGCUGGCGGCGCUGAGGAGAGGGGGGGCCAGACAGCCGGGCCCUCUCUCUGACUGGCUGAGUGAAAAACACCUCUAGGACAACGGCCAACAAACUGGACAGAAGGACAACCAGACACAUCAGAAACCUGGUGCGGGAGGACAGUAUUAGAUGGCUAAUAAGUUAUUUCCGUCACUUUCUUUCUGACAGUAAAUAAGUUAUAUUUGUAGCUUCUUUUCUGUUUUUUGGAAUUGCGAGGCUGGUUCUCCAGCUCCUAAGGGGAGAGCUGCCAUCUCUGGGCCUGUUGGCUCCGCCUGAGGGACUGGCCAGGCCCCCCUGGCUUGGCUGGGCUUCCUGCUGAUAACAGAAAAGGGGGCGGGCCCAAGGGGAGAGCCGGGUAGGGGUGGGGGCCGGCCUGCUGGGCGGCCCCCAGAGCCAAAGCCCAGGAGAAAUGAGCCCAGGC